AUGGAUUUCCAAGCGGACCCCGAGUUGAUGAAGGAGAUGAUCAAGCUUUUGGGGCAAGAGCUGAAGUCAGUCAAGGCACAGCUUGCAGAGCCCGGAUGUGCUGAGAGGAUGGUCCACACGCCCAGAAGCAGCGCUACGAGCGCCACAAAUGAUUUAGCCGUGGAAGCGAUGAAGGCAGAAAAUGAGAAGCUCAAAGACGAAAUAGCAGCUCUUAGGGAAAGCCAGGUCCCUCGCGAGGUCAAAAUGGAAGACGCCACUAACCCAGAUCUUGAGCCAGACAUCGCGUCUACAAUAGCAGCUCUACAAGAUACGGUAGAAGAUCUUACAAUACAACUUGGGCAAGCUCUAAAUGCACAACAGACACAGGAGGAAGUGAAUCACGGUCUAGGAGUCCGGCUUGUUAAUGCCAAGACCAAGCAGCAAGAAUCAACAACAGCACUUGAAUCUUUGCAGCAGGAGCACACCACAUUGCUUCAGAAGUAUCGAAAUAUGAAGCAGGGUAACCGAAGCCUUAGAAAGGCGUCUACUUUUCUCCUUGAAAAGCUCGAAAACAUGGAACGCGAACGCGACGUUUUGGUACAGCGGAUUGCAUUUGAUCCUAUUGCUUGGGUUGGCGAGAGUAACCUCGACCCUAUUGACUACUCAUCAUUACCCACAUGCCCCGAAAUAAUUAGUCCGAACCCUAGCGCAGGCCACGACUCCUUCUGGCUAGACGAUCAUUGUGUUGUUAAACCGGCAGGUGUCCCUCGCCGCUUGUUAAUCUGCUUGCCUAGUCAUAUAUACAACCCCGGGCCCAAGGCUAAGAGACGAGGCUGGUCCCCGUACCCAACUGGAUGGCGGCUCGGUGAAGUCAAGAGUGUAUUCCAAAAGGUUUCCGAACAGGGCUGGCUACAUCUAGGCCGAUACCGUUGCGGCCAUAUCGUGCCUCUCGAACCUUUGACCGUUGAUUAUUUGAUAUCGGAGGCAGAUAUGUGCAGGAUUCAGAAACAAACACUUCCCGACCCAUAUUAUGUGUCCCUGUUCCACCAAGACAUGAUCGCGGACAUGUACUUUUCCCGAGUUCUUGGAAUAUCGUGCAUUGCAUUACAGCGCGUAGGCUAUGAACCGGUCUCAACUCAGCACGGCGAAUCUCAUCAAGACGAUGAUAUUGUUCCUGUUGCCCGUGGCGAGGAUGAAGUACCACCCUCUCAGCCAAACCUUGAAUCGGAUGAACUCGCGGACGACAUGCGCGUUUGGACGUCUUCCUAA